GGCUCUUUAGCCACUUCUCCUACAUCGAGUAGUAGUCUAGCGUUAGCCGCGAAUCGUAAUACGUUUAUUCCGAACUAACGGUGCAAACUUUGUGUCGUUGAUCCUUCAUUCGAGAACAACUAACAACUUCGAAGAGAAAGAGAGAGAGAGAGAGAGAGAGAGAGAGAAAGAGAGAGAAAGAUCAAAAAGAAAAAUUUAACAUCCUAUAGAUGCCCCGUGAAUUUUAUCCAAGAUAAACGUUUGACGUUCGCGUGCUAAUAACGACAAAUGCAUAUAUACAUAUAUGCAUAUAUUUUUUUUAUUUAAUCGAUCGAAUCAAUAUCGAAAUGACUCAUCGAAUAUGAGUACUCGAAUUCGUCUGGAGAAAUUCUUAAUAAAUUGCAUUAUUCUUUCUUUUUUUCUUUGCUUUUUAAACGACAAUUGAAAUGUCAUUUUUUUGUUAAACGAUCAUGAAAAUACUUAUAGUAUUUAUGUAUGGUUUUACGUUCGGAGGAAAAGUCUUUUGACAGAGAGGUAGGAAAAGAGAGAGAGAGAGAGAGAGAGAGAGAGAGAGGGAAAGAGUGCAGUGCACUGGCAUGAAAAUAGAUGUACGACGGGGGUGUUGCUUUGUGAGCUUUAGUUAAAAGUGAGCGGAUACUUCUCUAUCGUUAUUCUUUACUAUUUCAAAUUUGAUUAAACGGUGUUCGAUAAAUUCACGAUAAAUACAAAACUUAAAGAGAAAACGUUCGUCGUAAAUUUAUUUGUUGCACCUUUGCCAAUCGGAUCUGGAUGAGUUAUUGGAGGACUUAGAAGAAGUGAAAGUGAAAAUACAAAGAGAGAACAUUUGAAGAUUCGAGCUUGGAGAGUAAUCGAGAGAAAGUACAAGAACAACGUUUGCUUGUCGAAGCAAACAUUUCUUUUUUUUGUUUUCUCUCUCUCUCUCUCUCUUUCUCUCUCACGUGUAAAUGAAAGAAUUGGCCGUUUACCAGAGAAAGACGAAGGCAAGAACAUCGACGGAAUCCUCAUAGGCAUUUCGCACAAGUAAAAAUAAACUCGAAACGCGACGCGACGCGACGCGACGCGCCACUCUUCUCCUUCGUGUGGCAAACUUGUCCAAAUUUUCAUUCCUUCUUUUUCUCAUUUCUGUCUUUUACUUGCAUUUUAACUCGAUUGCUUAUACGGAUGUAAAAAAUUGCAAAAAAGAAACACGAGGAAGAUAGGAGAAUGUAUUGAGUGUGGGUGGAGAAGAAAAGUUAAGGGUAAAAAUAAUCAGCAGCAGCAGCAGCAGCAGAUAGUACGAGAUCAUUCACCGGAUUGUAUUCCUACCAGACCAGUUGGGAGAAAUAACUUUUCUCUCUUUCCCUCUCUCUCUCUCUCUCUCUCUCUUUCUUUUUUCAACGUGGCAGAGAGGAAAGCUCGUCCAAGAAAAACAAAAGAAACGAUCGGAAUAAUCGUUGGGCAAAGAAAAUUCAAAGAAAUUGAAUUGGAAAAGUCGUUAUGGAUAAUUUCAAAAAUGACGAUCGAUGGAUGGUCCCCGAGAUUAGGAUCGUAAGAUAAAAAUUAAAGGGAAGAAAAAAAAACAAAGUUGGAUAGAUCGUAGAAGAGGAAGAACAAAAAUGUCAUUUUGUAGGAUCACGGGGAGGAGCAGGGGCCUCCCCAAGCCAAAUUAUUUCCCCUUGUUACCUCCCAUCAGUCCGGCAGAUGCUAAACGCUUUUGUCGUAUAACCGGUAAAUCUUAUGGGCUUCCGACACAUCAUUACAUUCCAGUACUUCUCGGCGUUCAUUCGCACGACAAGUCUAAAUGUAAGAUCACUAAUGCUGCCGGUUUUGGUCCGCAUCAUUAUACCGCUGGUCUGAUACUCGGGGAAAAGAGGAAGCACGUAGUUUUGAAGGAUUUUCGUUACGUCUUUCCGAUACUCGAAGGGGAAAGUGAACAACAGAGAGCAUUGAGAGAUUUGCUAGGUAGGAAACAGCCAAUGGUCGAGGAGGAAGAUUACAAAUUUGUUUACACGGUCGAAGAACGAAGAUGCAGUUUAGUUUUUCCGGCGAGAUUGGAAGCUGCUGUAAGAGACGGAGAUGUCAAGGAUGUCAUGUUAUCUCGAGACUGCGAUACCGUACUCUUGAGACUGAAACAAGGGAAAAAUGUAUCGGUUGACUUUAAGAAUUUGGAAGACUUUGACAAUCUUUUUGAUGGUCUUGGACCAAAUGAGGAAGUCCUAAAGGAACGCGAAAGAAUCGAGAAUGAAGCUAAGAAACGCAAGAGAAAGAGACAAGCUGGUCUUAGUUACGCGAAGAAGAUCUUUGAGGAAAAAGAAAAAGCUGCCGAGGAAGAGGAACUUCAAAAGGCGAAACAUCUUAAAUUAAGAAGCGUUAAGGAGGAAGUUGAAGAAGAACACGAAAAUUGGAAACGAAUUGAUUUAGAAGCUGCAAGAUUAAGAGCUUGUAAUAUAAUUGCUACAACUAAUUCGUUGAAGGAUUCGAUUAACACUUUCCCAGUAUCCUUAGACUUGAGUACGUUUCAGAAAGAUACGAUUUCAUCUAAGAGUAUAGCAAUAAUAAAUAAGCUACCUACUCCGAUUAAGAUAGAAUCUCAUACGUUUGAACAAUGUACGGAGCUAACGAGUACUUCGCCAAUUUCUGAACACACCGGUGGAUUCGAAGCUAUCUCAAUAGUAAAACCGCUGACACCUUUGAAAAUAAAAUCCGAACCUGCUCUAGAAUCCGCUGUCAUGAAUAUUUCGGUUAACGACUUGAAAGCUACAUCCAAUGUAAAUGCCAAGUUCACGAAAGCUGGCGAGACGGCACUCGAACGUCUUCCCAGAGUUGAGGAAAUUCCUGCUUUAAUAGAGAAAAUCAAUAACGGUGAAAAAACUACGAUGCACAAAGUAAAAGGUCUUAAAUUAGAUAUCAAAAGUGCACAGAGAUUUAUCGCAGGACAAACAGUGGAAACUCCAACAGGUCCUGUUUUUGUCCCAGGGCAAACUUUGGAAACACCUCAAGGCCCUGUAUUCGUUCCCGGUUUUACUGUGAACACGCCUGAUGGACCACUUUUAAUUCCUGGUCAAAUAAUGAAAGUUAAAGAACAAAAUGGCUUAGAGACACCGUCUUUCAUCGCUGGACAAAUGUUGCCAACGAGUAAACAGGGCUUGCAAUUUAUUCAAGGACAAACAUUUCACAAUAGGGAUGGUAGUAGAUUCGUGCAAGGUCAAACUGUAUUGACCGACGAAGGGCCAAAGUUUGUGGCCGGACAAGUAGCCGAUAAUGGAUAUUUUAUUCCUGGACAAACGAUUUCCACUCCGGAUGGUUUAAAAUUUGUUCCUGGGCAAACGAUCACGGAUCAUCAAGGUGAACAAAUGUUUGUACCAGGAGAAAGCGUUCGAAAUUCUGACAACUGGGAAUUUGUACCAGGACAGAGCGUACAAUCUUCGACGGGUAAAACAAAGUUCGUACCUGGUCAGACGGUGCUAACACCGCAAGGUAGUCAUUUCGUUCCUGGUCAAUUUGUCACGGAAGAUUCCGGAGAGAUUAACUUCGUACCGGGAGUCAUCAAGGAAUCUGAAAAUGAUGUUAAAUUCGUACCAGGUAUGACGUUGGAUACACCGAAAGGACCAAAAUUUGUCGAAGGACAAAUUACGAAAGAAUCGGAUGGGAAGAAAUUCGUUCCAGGACGAACUAUACUCACCGAAGAAGGAUUUCAAUUUGCUGCUGCUAGUAAAUUUGACGAAGUUGUUCUAACGGAAGCAGGACCAGUGGGAAUACCGAUAGAUCCGAAAACAGCUAACGGCAAUUCGAUGUCCGAUCAGAGAGAAAUUUUUGGACAUAUGGUCCAAACGGAUUUCGGCGUUGAAUUUAUUCCAGAAGGCACGAGAAAUUUACCAAAGGGUAAAAGAAUUGUUCCAGGACAAUUGGUACGUGGCGGAAAAGAUGAACCACGAUUCGUACCGGGUGUUAUGACGGAAGAUGGUUUUCUUCCUGGUCAAAUAGUAAUGACGGAAAAGGGAGAAGAAUUUGUGCCGGGUCAAGUGGUCGAUACGAGCGGUGGACCAAAGUUCGUUCCAGGACAAAUGGUUGAAACACGUACAGGACAAAAAUUCGUUCCUGGACAGACCGUGGAAACGGUCGACGGACCAAGAUUCGUACCUGGCCAAAUUGUAGAAACAAAAGUUGGGCCAACUUUUAUACCAGGUCAAGUGAUCUCUACGGAAGAGGAAGGUUCUCGUUUCGUACCUGGACAAGUCGUCGAUACUCCAGACGGACCUAGAUUUGUUCCAGGACGGGUUGUGGAAUCAGGAGAGUCUGGUAUCACUUUUGUAUCGGGUCAAAUCGUCCAAACGGAAGAAGGUCCACGUUUCGUAGCACCGGAUUUAACCGAUACACCGGAAGGCGAAGUAGAAUUUUCUGUUCAAGGAUUCGAAGUUACUCCCGAAGAAUUGCGUCUUCUCAGACCAAAUCAUUUGCAUUACAAUCCAUAUAAUAACUUAAAUCACGGAGAGAGUAGCAUAGAUGCUAGAAUGUUAAGACAAUUGUCAGAAGCUGGUUUAUCGGUUGGUAGAAAGGUCUUGACAAAUUUACCUGCGGUUGACGUCGACGUUGAUCCGAAAGCUGUAGCUUUGGAGCAAGCUCUGGUUAUGGCAGAGAAACUUGGGUUACACGGUAAUGCUGCUGUCAAAAUGGCUCAGGUAGUUUCUACCGUGGCGCAGUUAGCAAAAAAUAUUGCACAACAGCAAGAGCGAGAUGUAAAUCGAUCGGAAAUGAUAGGUUUGACGAAUGGCACUAAAUCGCCGAUCAUGAUGAAUGGUGUAAAGGAAAAGACGAAUGACGAAUGGCUACGAGAUGCGAUUAAAACAGCUAUGGCGUCUGCCGUUCUAGCGCUUACCAAUAACUCAUCGGAUGAUAACGAAAACGCGAAACAAGAUUUGGUUUAUUCGUCGAUUACCGAAGCAUUUAAUGUAUUGCUACGACAGAAAGAUGAGAAUAUGGAAAAAUCGGUAGAGAAUGUUCUUCGCAUUCUCCUAAUUCCGCAAAACCGAAGCGAACUUUGCCAAAGUACAAUGUUAGAAUUAAUGGACGAUUCGAAAAAUAAUAAAGUAGAUAUAUUGAAGUCUACAAUAGUUGGUGAAACGUUGAAAGACGAUGUAGUGCUCGAGAGAUUAUCCAUGGUUCUCGAAGAAGAACACGGUACGGAUUUGAUCGGAUCGGCUUUCAGAACGGUAUCGAGAAACGAUCCGGAAUUGGUUUCACGAGUACUUCAGAAGGUAUCGGAAGAAGUAGCGAGUGUAGCAACGGAAAAAGAUGCCGCCGAAACCGUACAUAAAGCUAUUGUUCAAGCUGUUAGAGAAUCUAGCGAACUACGUGUGAAAGAAUUGUUGAACGACGAACAAGGUAGCAACGUGCGAGAAAUGUUACUUCAAGCUGUGGGAUUGGCUCGAGCUCUUGGAAUGUCCAGCACGGCUAGUAGUCUUUUAGCCGUGAUCAGUGACGAAAAAUCAACUCGUGCUUUGGCCAGUGACAGGGUCACUUUGGACGUGUUGAAGAGGUUGACGGUAAUGAGAAAAUUAGCCGAGGAGAGGCCACCUUUCAUGAGCGCUCUUGGACAACUCUGUAGCGAUCCGGAAUUGGCCAGAACGGAUCCACGUCUUAGAACGCUUGUUAGAGAAAGUGCAGCACUGAUGAUAGUUCCAGAAGAAGCACCAUUGCAAUCCUCCGUUGACGUACCAACGGCGUUACUUCACGCUGACAAUAGUUUAGCCAUGGAAGAAUUUCUCAUGAGAAGAAGUCACAAACCAACGUCGAUUUUUAUGAUACUGAAACAAGGUUUGCAAGCCGUUGUACCUAGAGAAGCCUCAAGAUCAGUAUUGACCGGAGAAGUAGCUUACACUGUUCUAGACGAGGAUGGUAUUCACCAUUUCGAGCCGUUACACGUUUUCUCAGCUCUCAGAUUGAAUCGGCCAACCGCUCAUCGUUUUUCCAUGUACUGUUGUCCCGUCGCCAGAGAAGAAGAUAUCGAAGCUGAAAUGACAUCUACGUUCACCGGAACAAUUUCGAUUACUAGCAGUCUCGAAGGUUCAGCUAAUGGACUCUGUCAGAAACAAGAUAGGUCUUUCGGUAUUUUAGGUAGUAGAGAAAAUACACCAAGCUUCAAGAAAUUAAGCAGUAUCUGUCAGGAGAAUGGUAACGAACGAAUGAAACCAUUGGACAAUUACAUCGUCGUAAAGGAUUACACGGACGAGACCGAUGGGUUUACGGUGAAUGUUGGUGAUAUCGUGGAAGCUUUCGAAUAUGCCGAUCAUGCAAAGAAAAUGAGAAUGGAUCCCGAGUUGGAAAUUGGUGAGAUCUACGGUAUAUUGGACAAUUCUGCUGCAAAACACAAGCUGUCCAUUCGACCACGUCGAAAGCAUACAGAUCCACGAGCACGAUGCAUUUCGAGGUCGAACUCGGACAGUAGCCUCCAAAGAGUGUACGUUCGUACAGCAGAUGGAAGAGAAGGAUGGCUACCAAUGUCCAUACUUAUGCAAACUAGUCUCAGCGAGGAAAGUUCCGCCAUGAUUGGUCAUAAUCGACCAGAGGACUCUCAUUAUCGAAGAGAGGCAGUGGUAAAGGAACUGGUUGAAACCGAAGAAGAAUUUGGGAGAGACAUUCAAUUGGUCGUUGAACGUUAUUUGAAACCUCUCGACAAUCCAGAUGUUCCACGUAUAGUUCGCGAUAAUAAAGACAUCAUUUUUACGAAUCUCAAGCAAAUUGCUGAUUUUCACAAUACAUCGUUCGGCAGGGUGUUGAUCGAGGGUGUUAAAUACUAUGCGGAUCAGCCACGCAUGUUGGGAAAAACUUUCUUGAGACUUGAACGUGACUUCGACAAACACGUAGCUUAUUGCCGGGAUGAACCACUUGCUCAGGAAUUUCUUCAGACGAACGAUCAAGUACGAGAAUACUUUGAGGAACUGAGCCAGACUCUCGGUGACGACAAAAGCGUAUCGGAACAUUUAAAGCUUCCGAUACAACGCAUAAACGACUACCAGCUUCUACUGAAGGAACUGGUGAAGUAUUCGACACGACUAGGUGAAAACUGUGAUGAUCUUCAAAAAGCUUUGGAGUUGAUGCUAGGUAUCCCCCACAGAGCAACCGAUAAUAAAUUCAUUAGUAAUAUCGAAGGAUAUAAAGGAAACAUACAUAAACUUGGUAGAUUGCUAACGCACGAGUGGUUUACAGUUAUCGACAAGGACGGCAAAAGUAAGGAAAGGUAUCUGUUUCUUUUCAAAGCUCGAAUACUCGUCUGCAAAGUCAGACGAAUUUCGGAGGACAGAUCAGUUUUCGUUCUAAAGGAUAUCAUUCGAUUGCCUGAAGUAGAAUUGAAGGAUCAUCCGGAUGAUUUACGUUCUUUUGAAUUACACAAUCCAAGUCUCCCUGGCUAUCCGAUCACUUUAAUAGCACAUAAGGAUCCAGUGAAAGCGUAUUGGUUAAAAGAAAUUCGGCAAUACGCCAGCGAUCUAGUUGCUUUAGCGGAACACGCAGCAGACGAUUUACAAUUAGAAGAAGUGCCAGAAGGAAAAGAAGAAAUAAAAGAUUCUUCUAAAGCGGAAGUAAAAGAAAUCUCAACGAAUCCAGGACCACCUAAACCAGAAGUAGGCAAAGACAAUCCAGCACCGCCUAAGCCAGAACCAAUCAAAGGAAAUCCAGAAUCAUCAAAACCAAGUGUAAUAAAAGACAAUCCAGGACCACCAAAGCCAGAAGAAUCGAAAGGAAAUCCAAGACCCCUUGAAACAACAAAUCCAUCGAACCCAGGUCCUCAAAAAACAAAUCCAUCGAACCCAGGUCCUCAAAAAACAAAUCCAUCGAACCCAGGUCCUCAAAAAACAAAUCCAUCAAAUCCAGGUCCCCAAAAAACAAAUCCAUCGAAUCCAGGUCCUCAAAAUCCUAAUCCAUCUAAUCCAGGAGCACAAAAGAGCAAUCCAUCAAACCCAGGACCAGCAAAUCCAACAACCGAAAUUAAAACCGAAGAAAAAGAUCCAAAUAUGUCUCGGCGAUAUUCUUCGAGUCGUUUCAGUGCAUCUUCUAAGGUCGUAGAGGAGUAUUCAUCAGUAUCGAGCACUCGUUCUGGUGUCACUUCAUACGUCGAAUCAUCUUCAUCGACUAGUGCCGGAGUUACAGCUUCGUCUCUCCAUGGCACGGAAAAAAUCAGCGAAACUUCAAGCUCCUACAAAACAGCUACCAGUGGGGGAGGUGCAGAAACAGCAGUUGAAAGUAAAGCAAAAAUCUCGUUAGGUGCUACUGAAACUGGAAAACCUAUCUUCCUCAAAACGAUCGAAGGAUGUAAUGUAGAACCGAGUCGAGCAAAAAAGGCUUUGAUACACGCCAUAGCUGGAGAAGUUGCUACAUUCGAAUGCACUUUGGUGACAGCCGACGAAACAACAAAGAUACAAUGGCUUAAGGAUAACAAACCAUUGAAUGAUAAACUAGCGGAUCGUGUGAUUCAAUCAUCCGACGAGAAAAGUUUUAAACUUCAAAUACAAAAUGUUCAUGAAUCAGAUUCCGGAAUUUAUAUUGCACGUGCCAUGAAUGGGGAUGGUCAAGCAACUUGUACGGCACAAUUGGUUGUCCAAGAAUUAACAGCCGAAGAAAAGAAAGCACGAGCAGAAGCAAACUCUCCUAUUUUCUUAGUACGUCUAAAAGAUACCGAAUUAUUAGAAAACACUUACUUACGUUUCAUGAUUAAAGUAAAAGGUGAUCCAAUUCCAGAACUUAAAUUCUAUAAAGAUGGCUCGUUAAUCGACUCGAGAAACGCACGUGUAACGAUAGUAACUGAAAAAGCGGAUAAAGGAUUCUACGAGAUGGUAAUACCGGAUGUUCAAAAAGUUGACGCCGGUAAAUACAGUUGUACAGCGAUGAAUCGUUAUGGUGAAGCAACUUGCGAGGCUACGGUAACCGUGACGGAAGAUAAACCAAUGUUUCCUGGAUUACCGGAAGGUUUGUUGGAACCUGGUGAAGAACCUCAGUUUACUUGGCUUCGCGAUGGUGAACCUUUCGAUCCUGAGGAAAGGUUCAAAGUACUUUUUAAAGAUAACGAGGAUACUCUAGCAUUGGUAUUCCAACAUGUGAAGCCCGAAGAUGCUGGUUUAUAUACUUGCGUUGCACAAACAAGCACAGGUAAUAUAAGUUGUAGCGCGGAGUUGACGGUACAAGGUGCGGUCAAUCAAUUACUAAGAGAUCCAGAAAAACCUAAACUGGAAUCAGAAUCCAAACAAUCGGAAGUAAGCGCGGGAGGUUCUGCAAUGUUAGACUUGCAAGUGAAAGGUUAUCCCAAGCCAGAUAUCACAUGGACCAAAGAUGGAAAUGAAAUAGUUGCUGGUGGAAGAAUAAAAUAUCUCUGGGAAGACGAAGAAUCUUUAUCAUUGGUAAUUAAAAAUGUAACAACAAAGGACGCUGGUAUCUAUACCAUAAGAGCAAAGAACGAACUGGGAGAGGACACUACGGAAAUUGAACUUAUCGUCAAAUCUGCUCCAAAAGUCAUAAAGAAACAAUCGAACACUACAGCGAUCGUGGAAGAUAAUUUAACAAUGACCGUUCAAGUGGAAGCUACUCCGGCACCAGAAAUUAAGUGGUAUAAGGAUGGACAAUUGAUCCAAGAAAGCGAACGUAUCAAGAUAGAAAAGGAAGGAACUGAUAUAUACAAAAUCACGAUCAAGAGUGUUCGCGUAGAAGAUGCUGGGUCUUAUUCGAUCGUAGCUAAAAAUGAGAUCAAUCAAACCACAGAAAUAUGGAAUCUUACUGUAAAAAGUCCACCCAAAAUCAGAAAGAAAUUAGGUACUAUUCCGAUAAUUAACGAAGGUGAUUCUUUGACUCUGUUGAUCGAGGUUGAGGCAGAUCCAGAAGCUACAGUCGAGUGGUACAAAGAUGAACAAAUUGUUGUUGAAGAUGAACGUAUCAAGAUCGUGCGAGAAGGAAAUAAUUACAUGUUAAAGAUUACUGGUGCAGUUGGCACCGAUGCUGCAAUAUACAAAACAAAAAUAACUAAUACUCAUGGCACUGUUUUGGAUCAAACCAGAGUUCAGGUAAGCGGUAUACCAAGAUUCAAAUCGAAACUGAACGAUCUUUCGGCCAACGAAGGCGACUCAAACAUCGAAUUAACGGUUGAAGUUGAUGGCUAUCCAAAAGCAAACGUUCAUUGGUUUAUCGGUGAUGUGGAAAUCACAGAAAAACGUACCGAGUACACUCGCAUCGAAGAAGGUGACAGUUACAAGCUUGUCAUGAAGGAAGUCAAAGAAGAAAUGAAGGGUAGAUACACUUGUAAAGUGGAGAACGAAUAUGGCGUGAAUAAAUGCAGUGCCGACUUUACGGUUAAAACUAAGCCAAAACUUUUGAAAAAAUUGGCCGAUCAAAGGAUCAAAGAAGGUGAAACUUUAAAAUUAACUGUUGAAAUAUCUGGUACUCCCGAUCCUGAAGUGAAAUGGUACAAGGACGGACACGAGGUAUCGGCUGAUGCAAGAAUCAAGAUUACUAGGGAUAAACAACGAAAGGAGAGUUACGAUUUGACAGUAACUUUGGUCAAAGGAUCGGACGGUGGAGCUUACGAAGUUCGAGCAGAAAAUGAACUUGGAAUGGUCCUCAGCAAGAGCAAAGUUAUCGUUCUCACUAAAACGGAAGGAAGCGCCGAAACGGUAGAAGAAGAAACGAAAUCGAAGAAGAUUGAGAUAGAAGAAGUAGGAACGCAGAAACAGCAAGCUGAAGAAUCAGGUCCGGAAGGUCGGUUCGCAUCGAAGAAAGAAAAGGUUGAGGUAUUACGAGGAGAAGCUGAGAAAGUAACCAUCACCGUAGCAUCAACGACGACUCAUCAAUCAACGUUAACAGGUCCGGACGAGAGACACACGAUCAGCAAGAUGACCGCGACGAAGGUCGAGUUUCAGGAGUUAAGUUCAGAAGGGCCAACGGUGGAGGAGAUAGGAUCUUACAGUUACAAUGUUCAGGAAGAAAAUAGCCCGAUGAAAGCACAGAACGGCGUGUUCGUCGAGGAAUUCUCCGAGACCAGCGAUAAUAGUCGUUCAAGAUUACAAGUUCAUCGUGGAGUUUCGAUAGUUUCGGUAUCAGAUGACGAGUCAACUAUGAAAGCCAUAUCCAGGGACGUAAGCAUGGACGACGUUCGGUGCGUUGAGCUAACCGACGAUCUCAGAUUAACAAAUGGUUCUUGCGAACAAUUCAAAAACGUCGACGGUCGUACGAUCGAGAAAAAUGUUCUGGACGAAGUCAAACCACUUCGAGCAUCCAAAUUCAACGAAACAAUAAUCGAGGAACGAUCAUCUAUCGAAGAAUCUAUUUCUUCGAAAGCUAGCGAAAUGACUUUGAACCAGUCACAAAAAUCGAAAGUUCAUAACAACGGUUUGAUUAGGCAGAAUUCAAAGUUGGAAAGAACAGAGUCCAUAGAAUCAUCCUACAAAGUCGAAGUGAAAACGAUUUCAAGAGAAAAUUCACAUAGAGGAGUUCUCGUUGGCGAAGAAGAAGUUGACGAAGAGUUAGAGGCUCUUCUAAAUCGCGUUAAACGACAACGUAGCGUUCUUAACGAAAUUCUCGAUAAGGAACAAGGCGUGGAAUCAGCACCACCCCACGUAAUAGAAUCAAACUUAGUGGAUCGGACGAUCUUUGAAACGCAAAACCUCACUUUUGAGAUCACUACUGUUGGUUUACCAAGACCUGAAGCUAAAUGGUUCAAGGAUGGCAAGAUUCUCAGAACUGGAGAACGUAUACGUAUUACCAAUGCAGGAGAAAAGUAUGAACUCGAAUUGAGCAAAAUUUGUCUCGAAGAUGCUGGUCUCUAUGAGUGUAUCUUUACAAAUAAACUUGGUGAAGAUAUUGCACAAGGACAAUUGACGGUAGGUACGGUCAAUGAUCUACGAAAACCACGAUUCGUAGAACCCCUUAAAGACGUUGACAUUGCGGAUGGUAAAAAUGGAGAAUUCCAAGCUAUCUUCACGGCUGAUCCGGUACCCGAUAUUGUUUGGUACUGUAAAGGAUUGGAGCUUCCUAAUGACGAUUCAAGAAUCAAGUGGAAGAUGACCAAUAAACCUGGAUCAGAUAAGUUAACUGAAAGUACUAUUACAUUGAAAAUACCUAAAUGUGGAAAAGAUGAUACUGGAGAGUAUAUUCUCAAGUUGGAAAAUAAAUGGGGCCAAGCUGAAAGCAGCGCUCUUUUGAGUCUUCUACUGCAACCGAGCAUAGAAGAAUUUAAAGAUCUGGUAGCACCAGUUGACGAACCAGCUACAUGGGAGGCAAUAAUCAAAGGAAAUCCAAAGCCUGAGAUAAAGUGGAUGAGAGAUGACAAAGAAUUAGAAAUGGGUGAUGAAUUUGAAAUGGAAGAAGAUAGAAGGAACAACAAGUACAAACUAAUCAUCAAAAAUGUUAAUGUCGAACAUGGUGGUAAAUAUAGAGUUUUAGCGACAAAUUAUUUGGGCGAAGCAGUUGGAGAAGCAUUAUUAACCACACACCUCGAAUCACCGAUCUUCUUGAAGGAAUUAUCCAAAAUGUUUGUAAGUGAUCGCAAUGAUAUCGAAUUGAAAGUUCGAGUAUCCGGAAUACCAAAACCAAAGAUCACUUGGUUAUUUAACGAUGCACCAAUAAUGCAAGACGGACGCCACGAGGUUAUAACUCACGUCGAAGGUCUCAUUGACAGUACUUUAUAUAUCAAAACAUUUUCUGUCGAUGACUUGGGAAUAAUAAGUUGUAUAGCUAGCAGUAUCGCAGGAAUUGCAAAAACAAGUGCCGAAUUAAGUAUGGUUUUCGAAGCACCCACCUUUGGUCGUUUAAUUUUACCAAAAUCUGUGAAUAUUGAUGAGGGAGAACCACUCGAGCUCAAGGCCAAAGCUGACGGUAGCCCGAUUCCUAUAAUAACUUGGUUUAAAGAUGGUGAAUUACUUACACCUAACGAUCAUAUUAAGAUCGAAAAUCUUCCGGACGGUAGUACAAAACUGACAAUUGAGAAUGUGAUACCCGCGGAUUCCGGUGCUUACAAAUUGGUUGCUUCUAAUUCAUCGGGAGAACAAAGUGCACUUUGUGCUGUUGCUAUCACGCCUUCUGCAAGAAGUCCAACAUUUACAAAGCCUCUGGAAGAUACAAAGGCUAUUGUAGGACAGCCUCUGAAAUUACGAGCUCAAAUCGUAGCAUUUCCGAAUCCACAUAUUCAAUGGUUCAAGGAUGGUAUACCAUUGAGACCAACAAAAGAAUUUAAUUUCAUAAACGAUCCCAAUGGUCUCAUUGGUCUAAUAAUCGAUAGAGUACGGCCAGAAGAUGCAGGUACUUAUUCCGUGGUCGUAUCUAAUAAACUUGGAGAUACUACCGGAGAAGCAAAGGUUGAGGUAGAGGAGAAAGAAAAGAGACCAGAUUUCGUUGGAAGUCUUCAACCACUUACGGUGGUAGAAAAUUUACCAGCUAAAUUAGAAGUUAAAGUAAUUGGUAAACCAACUCCUGAACUCAAAUGGUUACACAAUGGCGAAGAGAUUGUGCCAGAUGGAAAACAUUUGAAUAUCAUUAGUCAGCCGGACGGUACUCACGCAUUAAUCAUCGACAAGGCAACACCCGAAGAUGCAGGAGAAUAUCAAGUUAUAGCUGGUAAUAGCGAAGGAACGGCAUCUUGCAAAGCAAAUCUCGAUAUACUUGGCAAAUUGAGAGAGGACAUUCCACAAGAGAAACCCGCAUUCUUAACAUUGUUACGAGAUAUUUCGGUCGAGGAAGGGCAACCGCUAACAUUUAGUGCCUCCUUCAAUGGUAAUCCUAUACCAGACAUUACGUGGACGAAAGACGGAGAGCCAUUAGAACUAUCGCAAAGAUUGAUGAUGACGUGUGAUGGAAAGAAAGUAACUUUAGAGAUCAAUCCAUCUGAUGCCAAGGACCAAGGAGUUUAUGCUUGUCAUCUGACAAAUCCACUUGGCGAAGACACAUCUAAUGCAAAUGCCAACAUCAGAAAGGUUUUCCAAGCUCCAAGCUUUACACAAAAGUUCACGGAUCUUCAACAACUUCCUGACUUCGAUGUUAAGUUCCCUGCUAAAAUUAGCGGUAUACCUAAGCCAGAUGUUUCGUGGUAUUUCAAUGAUCAACCAAUACUUAAAGAUAAUGAAAAAUAUAAGAUCAAACGGGACUGUGAUGCCUGCUGUUUGUACGUUAAAGAUUGUACAUACGACGAUACUGGAAUUUACAAAUGUAAAGCAGUUAAUAGGGCUGGUGAAGCAGAAUGUUCGGCUACAUUAAAUGUCGUUGAUAAGAUCGAAAAAAUGCAAAAGAUAGAACCACCGGCGUUCUUGAAAAGAAUCGGUGAUUGUGAGGUUUAUAGAGGAAUGCAAGCAAAAUUCACAGCUUGCAUAACUGGUAUACCUGAACCGGAAUUCGAAUGGUUCCGUAACGGUGACAAAUUGUGGCAAACUGAUCGUAUCAGAAUGGACCAAGAAGGUAGUUUACUUCGUAUGACGAUAGCUAAUGUGGAUGAAAUGGAUGCAGGCACAUAUUUAUUAAAAAUAACAAAUCCUUAUGGAUCAGAUUCGUGUACCGCCGAUAUGAUCUUCGAGUCUCUGGAGCCACGUGCAAAGAGACCGUUAGCAUCUCAGUAUAUAGAAUUUGAUAAAUAUCAAAAAACAGGAAUAGCAUGGCCACUAGCAGAUCGUCCAAUAAUUAGUCGUAUGAUGGAUCGACAUUUGACACUUUCUUGGAAACCUUCCAUCCCAUUAGGACCACGCGUACCAGUAACGUAUCUUGUAGAAAUGUGCGAGUUACCGGAUGGUGAUUGGUUCACUGCGCGAUCAGGUUUACGCAGUUGUGUCUGCGACAUCCGCAACUUAGAACCUUUCCGGGAUUACAAGUUCCGCAUACGCGUAGAAAAUAAAUAUGGCAUCAGCGACCCUUCGCCAUUUGCACAAACCUUCCGUGCUAAAUUAGAACCCGAUCCACCCAAAUUCUUUCCUUAUUUACCACCUGGUAUAGAUUUUCGUCCCGAGACCAGUCCUUAUUUCCCCAAGGACUUUGAUAUCGAAAGACCACCCCAUGACGAAUAUGCUCAAGCACCUAAAUUCCUUCGACAAGAACACGAUACUCAAUUUGGUGUCAAGAAUCACAAUUGCAAUCUCUUCUGGUUCGUUUAUGGCUAUCCUAAACCAAAAAUGACCUAUUAUUUCAACGAUGAAUUAAUCGAGUCUGGUGGUCGAUACGAUCAAAGUUACACGAGAAAUGGACAGGCAACAUUGUUCAUCAACAGAAUGCUUGAAAGAGACGAAGGUUUAUACGAAGCUGUUGCAACCAAUGAACAUGGAGAAGCACGUCAACGUGUUAACUUACAAAUCGCUGAAUAUCCAACGUUUAUUGUAAGACCUGAAGAAACUAUUGUGAUGGCAAGAAAGUCUGGUAAAUUGAUAGCACGUCUUACGGGUGUUCCAUUUCCUGAAAUCAAAUGGUACAAGGACUGGAAACCGAUCACUACUACUUCGAGGAUUAGGAUUGAUUUCGUCGAUCCAGAUACAUCUGUUUUAACCAUUAAUGAAGCAAUUGUUAAAGACGAAGGAUUAUAUUCGAUCAGUGCAAGAAAUGUAGCUGGAGCGGUAUCGCAUUCAGUCAUGAUACACAUUGAAGAAAAUGAAUACGAUUAUGUUUAUAAAACGUAUAAGAGAAAAAGUGAAGUUAAACUACGUGCGGAUAAACCCUACGAUGAAUUUUAUGAUUUGGGUGAUGAAUUGGGUCGUGGUACUCAAGGUAUUACGUAUCACGCAGCAGAAAGAAGCACUGGAAGAAAUUAUGCUGCUAAAGUUAUGCAUGGACGAGGAGAAUUGAAACCAUUUAUGUUUAACGAGUUAGAUGCCAUGAAUAAUCUUAAUCAUCGAAAACUAUUACGCUUGCACGAGGCUUACGAAACCGAUAAAUCGGUCACUUUGAUCAUGGAACUAGCUGCCGGUGGAGAAUUAGCAGAUGUUUUAACGAAACAACCACAUUAUACCGAAUCAGAAAUUGCUGGAUAUAUUCGUCAGUUACUCUACGGCCUUGAAUAUAUGCAUGAUAAUCAUUAUGCACAUCUUGGCCUAACACUCGGAGAUCUUUUGAUCUCUCACACAGGUGGUGACGAUCUAAAGAUCGGAGACUUCAGUUUAACACGAAGAAUAGCACAAACGAAAUUAAUGUUAUUGGCGUACGGUAUGCCGGAAUAUGUUGCUCCAGAAGUUACAAACAAUGAAGGUGUCGAUUAUGCUGCAGAUAUGUGGUCACUUGGUAUUAUAACAUAUAUCCUGUUAUCUGGAAUUUCACCGUUCAGAGGUGUCAACGAUAGAGAAACGUUAUCGAAGAUCAGACAAGGAGUUUGGGACUUUGAUGAUCGCUGGAAGAAUAUUUCUAAUGAAGCCAAAGACUUUAUUCGUAACUUGUUAGUCUACAAUGUAGAUAAACGAAUGGACGUUAAGAGUGCUCUUAAACAUCCUUGGUUGGAAUAUGCAGACAGAUCACCAUUAGAUUUAUAUAAAAUACCUUCCGAAUAUUUGAAGACUUAUUACAAACUUUACAGAGAUUGGUACAGUAACGCGUCUUGUCGUACAUGGUACCGUAGACGCAAACUCAGUACUGCGUUUGAACAUCCUUCAAAAAUGGUUUAUCCUCCUGGUCAUAAAUACACACCUGAACCAAGUAUUGAACGAUAUAGUCCUAUAGGAAAACCAGUGCCUAGAACUUGGGAAAAUCAACUACCUGCGAGAGAACCAAUCGACACAGAAAUUGGACUUAUUAAGAGCGAGAGUCACUAUCAGUAUGGUCCAGAUACUUAUCUUCUACAACUUCGUGAUACUGACUUCCCAGUACGAUUACGUGAAUACAUGAAAGUUGCCUGUAAUCGCAGUCCAGGAUAUUCGCGUACGAUCACUGACGAGAAUGGCUACGAUUGGAAGACACCAAUAAUACGUGAACGUCGUCGUUUUACUGAUGUCAUGGACGAAGAAAUCGAUGACGAACGUAGAGCCAGGAUAAAUAGAUAUGGAUCACCCGAUACAUUUACAUUGAGACGAUUGAAACAUGAAUUGGGUACUCGUCUCGAUAGUUAUGUUGAAGCUGAAGCUAUGAUAGAAUCCAAGAAAGAAGGGAAUUUACCUUUCUUGCGUGAGAAACCACAAAUACGGCCGAUCGAAGAAGGCAAAACAGCACAAUUAAUGUGCCUCGCAGUAGGUGAUCCAAAACCAUUAAUACAAUGGUACAAAAAUGAUAUAGUCAUUCAAGAAACUAAAAGAAUAAAGAUCACGGAAGACAAAGAUGGCAGAUCGAUACUCAGUUUUAAUCCCGUAAAAGAACACGAUGCUGGGAUUUAUAAGGUGGUAGCAAGAAAUUCUCUUGGACAAACUGUAGCUAGAACUAGAAUGUUGAUAGCUUUGGUUCCCACUGGUCCUGAUUCUCCAGAAGCUACUGAGGUAUCAGAUACCCAAAUACUUUUACGUUGGAAGCAACCAAAAUACGACGGCAAUUCUGCCGUACUUUGCUAUAAUCUUCAAUGCAAAGAAGCUGAUUCUAUUACAUGGAUAGAUAUUGGUUUUAACAUAGAUCACGAAUUUUAUUUAGUACGAGAUCUAAAGCCUGACGUUUGUUACAUUUUCCGUCUAGCAGCGCGUAAUCGAAUUGGAUGGAGCGAGAAAGGUAUUCCUUCGAAAGUAAUUAAAACAAGACCGCCAGGUGUACCUCAGAUACAGAUAACCAGUGCAAUGAGACAUCUUCAAGAAUUAACAGAAUCUGGACAAGAGAUCGUACUCGAGGAAGAUAAGCCUCAUAUUGAUUAUUCACUUGAGGAACAUCCGGUUGAAUGGUCGACUGAAACAUUAACAAACAAGUAUAGUUUCAUAUCUGAAUUGUGUCGUGGUCAAUUCUCUGCUGUGGUUAAAGGUAUCGACAAGUCUUCGGAUCGCGUGAUAGUCGCCAAAAUUCUAGACCUUAGGCCGGAAAUAGAGAAACAAGUUAACAGAGAAUUUGAAGCUCUACGUUCUCUUAGGCAUGAGAGAAUAGCUCUUUUAGAGGCAGCAUAUAAAGCACCGGGAUCACCAUUAGCUGUCUUCAUUAUGGAGAAGCUUCAGGGUGCUGACAUUCUCACAUAUUUUUCCAGUCGACACGAGUAUUCUGAAAAUUGCGUAGCCAUGGCUGUAACACAAAUAUUAGAUGCGUUACAGUAUCUUCACUGGCGUGGAUAUUGUCAUUUAGACAUUCAACCGGACAACGUGGUAAUGGCCUCUGUUAGAACUGUUCAAGUUAAAUUAGUUGAUAUGGGCACUGCACAAAAAGUUAGCAAACUUGGCACAAUGGUACCAAAGGCGGGUCAUCGUGAAUAUAGAGCACCGGAAGUAUACAAUGAAGAACCUGCAUAUCCACAAACAGACAUUUGGAUGGUCGGUGUUCUUACGUACGUCUUAUUAUCCGGAGUAUCACCGUUCCGUGGCGAUGACGCCAGCGAAACCAGACAAAAUAUUUUAUUUGUUAGGUAUAGAUUCGAAUAUCUUUACAAGGAACUUACUCAAGAGGCUACACGUUUUCUCAUGUUGGUCUUUAAACGCGCACCAAACAAAAGGCCAAUGGCUGAAGAAUGCCACGAACAUAGAUGGUUAUUACCGACCGAAUUUAUGAUUAAAAAGCGUGAAAGAUCGGUCUUUUUAGGUAAUAGACUUAAAGAAUACAACACCGAAUAUCAUGAAGAAAAAGAAAAACUUGCAUCUGAAAGUCAAAGUCUUGCAAGCGAAAGCCUUUUAGGUUCAACUCGAAAAUUAAUCAGAUCAACGAGCAUACAAGAAGAAUUGCUUACAACGAUCUAACGCGAAAAAAGUUUAUGAUUUUUCCAAUUUAUUUUCUCCAUAUGACUGUGAAGUAUCACAAAAAUAUCUAGUCAGUCGUUAAGAGAACAAGGAAAAAAAGAAAAAAGAAAAAAGAAAAA